GUCCAGCGCGCACCCAGGUGGCUUCGGUGGCACCUGCAGCAGCAGCAGCAUCAACAGCGCUCAGCUCAUACUUCCCCGCCCGACUUUCCCCAACAUCCACAUACCCUUCGAUAUGUCCUCUGCUGUCACCGAGAUAGAGGAGUCGGCGCGCAGCUCCCCACUGACACCGCUGAAGCUGGUUGGGCUGGUGUGCGUCUUCCUGGCGCUAUGCCUGGAUGUGGGAGCUGUGAUGAGCCCGGCGUGGGUGACUGCCGAGGACCACUACUACCUGUCCCUAUGGGAGUCCUGCUGGAAGCCGGCGAGCACUGAGAACUGGCAGUGCAGCAGCACGCUAGGCACAGACUGGCAGGUUGCUACGCUAGCCUUGUUGCUAGGGGGUGGAGCUUUGGUGCUGAUGUCAUUCCUGGUCGCUCUGGUUUCUGUGUGCAUCGGCACAAGACGGCGAUUCUAUGCACCUGUCGCUUUCAUGCUUUUUGCUGCAGGUCAGUGCACGCAUGCACAAUAUGAACUAUAGCUCAUACACAAUCAUGGUCCUGGGUUGAAGGCCAUACACUCAUUAUGCGCUGAAAUACACACACCUAGUGACACACAUAAACAAUAAAAUUAUUUAAUUAGGCAAUUUAGACAAGGUAACUGCAGGGUUGCAGGGUAAUCACAUUGAAAAUUGACAUGCAUUUAAAUAAUAAUCCUUAGCAUACUGAUUAAAUAGGCACACAAACUGUACACACAUGCAGUUUCCUCAAAAUAAUUUAGAGAAAAUCCUAUUUUUAUGAUUUGGGCCUAGCAGGGUUGGAGCGUCAUGCCUAUCAGUUUAAUCCAGCCCCAGUUUUGAGUUUUCCCCAGAUCGGAUAGCUCUCAAGUUUCCACAUUUAUUCCCAUUUUCAUCUCCUGGAA